CGAGGCAAGUACCUCGCGCGCUCUCGUGUGUGCAUUUUCGUUCGAUCUUCCGUCUUUUGUUUAACGUUUUCGUGAAACGAGCUGUCACGCCAAUUCACAGACUUUUCAGACACUUUUCGUCGCUAUUACUCGGCCGUAGCUUGGUGUACCGUUAAAAAGAAUCCGAAGAGUAUUUCGCACGGUGAACUGUCAAAACUCAAUUCGACUCGAACAGACCGUACAUUAUUGUCGUGAUCGUAGCACGUUUUAAUCAGCUCGUAAAUAUCGUGAUAGAACGACGCGAUGUCACGUGCGUUCGUACUCGUAAAACAACGAUAUACGGUAACCGCGGACCAUGAAUCGAGUUAGAAGACUUUAACGUUGUUCGUACCGUAACGUUGCGCGUGUUUCGGAGUAACCUAGUAUAUACGACCGGUUAAACACGUGGUGGACACGAUGCUACUUAAAUUGGCAGUGUUGCUGUUCGUCUUCGUCCAGCCAGGUGCAAGUUACUUCAACCUAUUCCUUAGCCAAGCAGAAGUGCGGAAAUUAAUGGGUCUGCAGGCAGAAUUGUUCUACGUGCGAGAGGGUGUGAUAAACGAGUACGCGAUUAAAUUCGUGGUCCCAGUGCCAGCGCAGGUUCACAAGCUACAUUUCACUUGGGAAAACCUAGCCGGCAGACCGCUCCCAUACACAAUGACAGUGGAUAUCAGUAAUCCGUCGGCUUUAACCAGUUCCCUGAACAUAUCUCAAGCCGGAGAAAUACCAUUCGGCGGUCUUCAAACUUGGGCUUUGGCUUUGCAUUGCGGCCCUUACGACGCCGAAGUCGACCUAAGCCUUCGGAUAAACGUCUCCACUCCAUCGAGACGGAACACCACCAGCUUAGACUUCAAACGGAAGAAAAUCUGCUUGAAAGACAAGAGUAACAUCGGAGCUGAAGAGAUUCUUGUGGCCGCCUCUGGAUCAACUUCCGGCGGACAAGUGUUUUACGCCGCGAUCGGUUGCGCGUGUGCUUUCAUCGCCGCCAUCUUUGUCCUCGUGAUUGCUUACUAUGUCCGGGACAAAAAGACUAGGAGACAUCGUGAUCCACUUCAAGAGUCUAGAGGACUUAGUUCAGCGUGCAGUGUGGAAAGAGGGACGGGAGUUGGACCUGCACAGACAUUUUUGUCUCCUGAAACUCCUCCACCUACUUCUGCAACGUCUACUUCGACCUAUAGGAGACUGGAUGAUCGGCCUAGUCGAGAGUUACAUGAGAGAAUUCAGGAGAUCACGGUUCAAAGAUGCAGGGUACGCCUUCUCAGCAUCGAAAUGGAGGGCACAUUUGGUCGCGUGUAUAGAGGCAGUUAUCAUGAAGAGGGUGCGUCUUCCCCGAGGGAUGUCCUAGUGAAAACUGCUGCCGAGCAUGCAUCACAAUCGCAGGUUGCUCUGCUGUUACGAGAAGGUUUAGCGUUAUACGGUUUGAGUCAUCCAGCCUUGCUGCCCGUUUUGGGUGUUUCUAUCGAGGACAGAAGCGCGCCUUUUCUGUUGUACCCUCACACUGGUUAUAAGAACAUGAAGAGGUUCUUGCUGAGGUGCAAGUUAAGUAGCGAAGGCCCACCGCGAGCACUAACCACGCAAGAAGUUGUAGAAAUGGCUCUUCAGGCUGCUAAAGGAGUCCAAUAUCUUCAUAGGAAAAGACUGGUACACAGAGAUUUGGCGGCUAGGAAUUGCGUCGUCGACGAUGAUCUGAGGGUUCAAAUCACGGACAAUGCUCUGGCCAGAGACCUGUUCCCCCAAGAUUAUCAUUGUCUUGGUGACAAUGAAAAUCGUCCCAUUAAGUGGCUCGCCAUUGAAAGUUUACUCAAUAAAACGUUCAGCACUGCUUCCGAUGUGUGGGCAUUCGGUGUUCUGUUAUGGGAGCUAACAACGCUGGCACAGCAACCAUACGUGGAAGUUGAUGCAUUCGAAAUGGCUUCCUAUCUCCGAGAUGGAUAUAGAUUGGCCCAGCCAAUAAAUUGUCCCGACGAGUUGUUCGCAGUUAUGGCUUAUUGUUGGGCAAUGUCCGCGGACGAGAGACCAACGUUUAGUCAGCUGAUCGUUUGUCUUCAAGAUUUUCAUACUCAAUUGACCAGAUACGUUUGAACCUUAACGAUGUAUAAAAAAAGAAACAUGGAAGCGAAAAGUGCCGGGAGUACGUGUACAUAAUAGUAGUACUUAAAGAAAGUCAUUUUUAAGCCCGCAGAAAAGUCGAGUAUUUGACCUGACUAGAAAGUAUGUAGUUCCUUAUUUUGUAGAAAAAUAGAUUUACGAGAUCUUCUACAGUGUAGGUGUAGCGAUGGGUGUAAGUCGUCAGUGUUCAGUACAAUUGGGUGCAGUAGUUGAUGUAGGGAUAGUAUUUAUUUUGACGGUUUUGUGAAGGGUUUUGUUUGGGGAUUUGGGGUUUGGGGAACUGGAGGUUUUACA